AUGUGUGGAAAUUCUAGUGUUACUGUUACUGGUAUUAUUAGUUUAGAUGUGGACAGUGAUGGCUCCAACAAGAAUAUGGAGGACAUGAUCCGCGAGCUCUCCACAGCCCUCUCUGGUGUCAAGCACGAGCAAGACUACAUGGAGGUCCGCGAGCGCAUUCACCGCUCCAUCAACGACAACACAAACUCCCGCGUCGUCCUGUGGUCCGUUUUCGAGGCCCUGGUACUGGUGGCCAUGACCAUUGGCCAGGUGUACUACCUCAAACAGUUCUUUGAGGUCCGGAGGGUGGUGUAG